AUGAGUACAUUACGAGAACGUCAGCUCAAUGCUUUGAAGCAAAUGCUAAAUUUGAAUAAGCCUUUAACAAAGAGCGUAGCCAGUGAGCCUACGUGGAAAGUGCUGAUCUACGAUAGAGUAGGCCAAGAUGUGAUAUCUCCAUUGAUAUCUGUCAAAGAGCUCAGGGAACUUGGCGUGACUCUGCAUGUCCAAUUACAUUCUGAUCGAGACCCUAUACCGGAAGUACCAGCUGUAUACUUCUGUGCUCCAACAGAGGAGAAUCUUGGCCGCAUCUGCCAAGAUCUAGACAAUGGAAUCUAUGACCAGUAUCACCUAAACUUCAUAUCGCCAAUAACUAGGCAGAAACUGGAAGAUCUCGCCGCAUCGGCAAUACAGUCAAAUUCAGCUGUGAAUAUCCACAAAGUGUAUGACCAGUAUUUGAAUUUCAUAUGCCUAGAAGAUGACCUUUUCAUCAUGAAACAUCAGCAGUCAGAUGCUCUAUCUUAUUAUGCUAUAAACAGAGGUGACACAAAGGAUACUGAAAUGGAAGCCAUUAUGGACAAUAUAGUUGAAAGUUUAUUCUCAGUAUUUGUGACACUAGGUAAUGUUCCAAUAAUAAGAAGUAGCAAAGGAAACGCUGCAGAGAUGGUCGCUAAAAAGCUUGACAAGAAACUGCGAGAAAAUCUGUGGGAUGCCAGAAACAAUCUUUUCCAUGGCAACACUGGUCAAGUAGGAUCCUUCAGUUUCACACGGCCCAUGCUCAUAUUGUUGGAUAGAAAUAUUGAUAUGGCAACACCACUACAUCACACUUGGACAUACCAAGCUUUGGCACAUGAUGUUUUGGAUUUAUCGUUGAACAGAGCAGUGGUACCUGAAAACACAAGUCCUGCAGUACAGGAGCAAAAGACAAAGACGCGAGUUUGUGACCUGGACUCCAAGGAUCCUUUAUGGACUGAACACAAAGGCAGCCCCUUCCCCACCGUCGCCGAGGCUAUACAGGAGGAUCUCGAUAAAUAUAGGAGCUCAGAAGCAGAAGUAAAGAAGCUAAAGUCCUCAAUGGGUCUGGACGGAGAGAGCGAUUUAGCGCUAAGCCUGGUGAGCGAUAACACCCAGCGACUGACAAGCGCCGUCAACUCCUUGCCGCAACUCAUGGAGAAGAAGAGACUUAUUGACAUGCACACCACUAUUGCUACUGCCAUCCUAAAUGCAAUAAAAUCCAGGCGACUAGACUCGUUUUUCGAAUUGGAAGAGAAAAUCAUGAGUAAGAGCAGCAGUGUUGAAAGUAAAGCUGUUAUGGACCUGAUAUCGGAUCCUAGCGCUGGAACCCCUGAGGAUAAGAUGCGACUGUUCAUUAUAUACUACUUGUGCACCUCUCAAAUACCCGAUGAUGAAUACAAGAGGUUCGAAGCGGCGUUGCACAGCGCUCAGUGCGAUAUCAACCCUAUGACUUAUAUGAGGCGGUGGAAAGGAUUUACGAAAAUGUCCAGUCAGUAUGAGGGUGGCGGCACAAAAACCGUGUCCAUGUUUUCAAAACUCGUAUCUCAAGGAUCGUCAUUCGUAAUGGAGGGAGUCAAGAACUUGGUCGUCAAGAAACACAAGCUGCCCGUGAGCCGCGCGGUGGAGGCGGCGCUGGGCGGCGGCGAGGCGGGCGGGGAGCUGGUGUGGCUGGACCCGCGCGCCGCGCGCACGGACGCGGCCGCCCGCGCGCGCGCCGCCAAGCACCCGCCGCCCACCGACGCCGUGGUCUUCGUCGUCGGCGGCGGGAACUAUAUCGAAUAUCAUAAUCUUAUUGAUUUCGCUAAGCAACAAGCAACGAGCGGCACUCCGAGGAAAAUCAUCUACGGAGCAACAACACUCCCGAACGCAUCGCAAUUCCUCACGCAGCUGUCGCUUCUGGGCGAAGAGAUCCAGUAGACAUUCCCAACUAUCUGAUAUUUAACCCUAAUGUAUAUUGUAAUAUAAAGUAAAUAAUUUAAAUUAUAAUAAAGAUCGUUGGAUUGUUGUAUAGGCAAUGAAACAAAUGUCUCAACAA